AUGGUCAACGUUCCUAAGACGAGGAAGACUUACUGCAAGGGCAAAUCUUGCAAGAAGCACACGCAGCACAGGGUUACCCAGUACAAGGCUGGCAAGGCCUCGCUGUUCGCCCAGGGAAAGCGUCGUUAUGACCGCAAGCAGUCCGGUUACGGUGGUCAGACCAAGCCUGUCUUCCACAAGAAGGCCAAGACCACCAAGAAGGUCGUCCUGAGGCUGGAGUGCACUUCCUGCAAGACCAAGGCUCAGCUCGCCCUCAAGCGCUGCAAGCACUUCGAGCUCGGCGGUGACAAGAAGACGAAGGGUGCGGCGUUGGUCUUCUAA